UUACAACAUCAUACAGUCAGUCACUAUGUCAACCCUGAGACCGGUAUAGUUUUAAAACUUUCUUGUGUUUCUUAACCCAUUAGAAUGAUGCGGUCUAUUUUGACCGUGGCGAUUUUAUUGUCAAUAGCAGCUGCUUAUUAUAUUUAUCUGCCUCUGCCCAGCACUAUAUCAGAGCCAUGGAAACUCAUGUUUAUGGAUGCAAUAUUGCGUGGUGUAAUGCAUGCGAGCUUUUUUGCUCACGAUCUUGGACUGAGUCGACCUUUUGAUGUUGCUAAAUACGCUGCAUCAUGGGAUGUAAUAAAGGGUCCACAGUCCAGCCCAGCCAUCCGGGUCACUGAUACUCAUUUUGGAGGAGUGGAAGCCCAAGUGUUUGAGCCCACUGCAUCAGACCAGGAUUUGAAAAGAGGAGUGGUCUAUUUCCAUGGAGGCGGAUGGACACUCGGCAGUGGAAAGAUGCAAACAUAUUUCCUUCAGUGCAGGACCAUGGCUGAAGAGUUGGAUGCGGUUGUAAUAUCAAUUGAGUACAGCCUGGCUCCAGAUGCACGUUUCCCAGAUCAGUAUAAUGAAGCCAUUCAGGCCUCAAAACACAUCCUGACAGCUGAGGUGUUGGGCCGGUACUCUAUAGACUUGAAAAGAGUGGCUGUGUCAGGUGACAGCGCGGGGGGAAACCUAGCCACCGCUGUGGUGCAACAGAUGGCUUUGGACCGUAACGUUCCUAUUAAAUUUAAAGUUCAGGCCCUUCUUUACCCCGUGCUUCAAGCCCUGGACUUCAACACACCUUCAUACCAGCAGAACGCCCACAUUCCCAUCCUGCACCGUCCCAUCAUGGCCCGCUUUUGGCUGGAGUAUCUAAACGGGGAUCCAAGAGUCGUUACAUCUUUGCUGGCAAACAACCACACAACUCAGGUCCGGGAGAUGGCAGCGGCCAGAGCCAAGAUCAACUGGACCAAGCUUCUUCCAGUGGCCUUUCAGAAGAACUAUAAACCCGUGGUUCCCCUUCAUGGAGACCCAGAUCUGCUCGAGAAGCUUCCAGGCCUGCUGGAUGUGAGAGCCGCACCUUUACUUGCUGAAAAUGAAGUGCUGAAGGGCCUGCCGCCCGCCUACAUCAUGACCUGUGAGCACGACGUGCUGAGAGACGACGGACUCAUGUACGCCACACGACUAAAAGAAGCCGGAGUCCGUGUCACCGUUGAUCACUAUGAAGAUGGGUUCCACGGAUGCCUUAGUUUCGCUUUCGGGCCCUUUCGAUUUUCUGUGGGGUUUCGAAGUUUUAGGAACUACAUCUGUUGGUUGAAGGAGAACCUCUAGCAGAGCUUAAGUAUUAUGUUGUUAAGUUAAAUAUAUUUAGAUUUUUAAACAUUCUCAAAUUUUUAAUUUUUGAAUUUAAAACGCUAUGCAACAUGUCAAUGCAACCGAUUAUUUGUGAAGAAUUGAAUGGGAAUGAAAGCGCAGUGAUCAGGCCCAAAACUACUGAAAUAAUGUUUCAAUAACAAUAUUCUGUUGUCUCAGUAGCAGUGGGCUUAAGCUACAGUAUUACAUGGAUAAUAAUGCAACAUAAUGUACAAUGAUUAUACAAAUAUUAUAAAUAAUUCUGCAGAGU